GUAGAGAGAUCGGGGAGCGGAUGAUAACGCGGAAGAUAAAUGAUAGUUAAUCACAUGACCCGGGACAUCACGUGUUGGUUAGUAGCCAUACUUAAAUCAACCUUAAUUUGCAUUUUCAGAAAACGAAAUCAUGGCUAACACCAUACACAAUCCGGGUAUUCCGUAUGUAGGCCCCAUACCGGGAGGAAUAUACGAUGGCUUGCAGAUCCAUGUGUCCGGAACACCGGAACAACACCAUAAUGGGUUUCUGAUAUCCCUUCAAGCAGGUGGCAGUAUAGAUCCAAGAAGUGAAUGUGCCUUCGUCUUCAAUCCAAGAUUCACCGACAACCAAGUGGUUAGGAACAGCCUCCAAGGUGGGUCGUGGGGAGCCGAGGAACGACACGGAGGAUUUCCGUUUCACAAAGGGCACCAUUGUGACGUCACAAUCCACGUCAAGCCCCAUCAUUAUUCGGUGUCUGUUAACGGACGUCAUUUCUGCGACUACAACCACCGUAUCCAGAAACAUCGUGUGACCCAUAUAACUGUGGAGCAAGGGAUCCGCUGUAACUCCAUUCGCUUUGAGAGUCAUGGAGGAGGAAGGCAUGGACGUCAUGGCGGCGGAAUAGGUGCGGCAAUUGGUCAGUUUGCCGGGGCAAUGUUUAAUGAAUUCAACAAACCGCAUCAGCCACACAAGCAGCCCUACCCAGGAGGAGGUUAUCCACCCGCUGGAGCGGCCAGUUAUCCGUCCUCUGGUGGAGCCCCGAUAUACAACCCGCCAGUACCUUUUGUGCAAGGCUUGGGCGGAUUAUACCCAAACAAGAUGAUUUUCAUCAGCGGAAUUCCACACCCGAACGCAAGCAGGUUCACCGUUUACAUGCAGCAUGGUAGCCACCACGAGCCCCAGCAUAUCGGGAUGUGUUUCGAUGCUAGAUUUAUGUAUGGCAAUGACCGCAAUAUCGUUGUUAGGAACCACAAGCAGGGCAACUGGGGCCAGGAGGAGAGACACUGCCCGUAUUUUCCUUUCACGCCGAGUGCAAACUUUGAAAUGAUAAUUUUGGUUGAGCCGCAUUGCUAUAAGGUAGCUGUGAACAACCAGCAUUUACUUGAGUUCAACCACAGGAUUCAACCACUUAACCGCGUUGACACACUCCGCAUUGACGGCGACCUGAGGCUCACCCAGGUCAGGUUCCAGGGAUGAGAGACAGACACAGAUGUCACGCGUGUGACUUUUAACGGAACACCGUUCUUUAUGUAAAUUUAUAGUGGAGAAAGACUAUUGAUAAAUAUUCUGUUUUCUCAUUUUAAUAUGUAUAAAAGUAUAUACUUAGUGACAGACUAUUUCAUUAUUUUGCUGAACAGGUAAAGACAUUAUAAAACAAUAUAACGUUUUUGUCAGCGUUCAUAGUCUUAUAUGAUACAUAAAAAAACUACAGCCUUUAGCCUACAUGAAAAAAUCAGUUUAGAUAUGGUGUUACAAUUAAGAACUUUUCAUACGCAGUAGCAUUUACUAGAUGCCUUUCAUUGCCAAAUAGUAUCGCAUUGUGUAUAUAUAUGUAGCAUUUCUUAAAGGUUAUAUCAACGUUGCCCUUCAUUAAUUGAUGGAUGAUUAUAACUGUCUGACAUAAUUGUUCAAUAAUAUAUACGUUUUUGGUAUUCUAAUAAUAACAAUUUGUGUGCAAUAAAUCAAGUUUCAUAGAA